AUGCCCGCUCGAUCAGACUACGGCUCCGUCUCCAUGUCCAUGUCUCCCCCUCCUCCUACAAACCUCUCAAGCUAUUCUCGCUUCAUGCACGACCACACAAAGCGUCAGAUGGAGGCUUCCGGUGCUAGCCCACCCCCAACCAACGCUACUGCUCAGCGCGCCCGUUCGUCUGGCAUGACAAAUGGCCACACAAGCCCCAACUACUCAUAA